GCAGCCAGAGUCUCAAAAAUAUGGUUGAGGUUGCUGUGGCGUCUGAGAUAGUUGCAAGCCUUUUCAAAGAAUCUGUUUUCACAAAGAAGAAAGUCAAAGUUGGUAUCAUCUCACCAUGCAAGGCACAAGUCUAUGCAAUUGGAGAGAAGGUGAAAAACUACAGUGCUGAUUCUAAUGAUGACUUCUCAAUUAGUGUUUGCUCUGUUGAUGGGUUCCAGGGUGGUGAGGAGGAUGUGAUAAUUGUCUCUACUGUCAGAUGUAAUAUGAAUGGAGUAGUUGGUUUUCUUAAAAAUCAUCAAAGAGCAAAUGUGGCACUAACCCGUGCAAGGCAUUGCCUUUGGAUAUUGGGAAAUGAAGCGACUUUAAUUAAAAGGUGCACUAUUUUGAAGGAUAUAGUUAUUGACGCCAAGAAGUGGGGGUGUUUCUACAAUGCUGAUGAAGACAAAAGCUUUGCUCAGGCUAUUAGAGUUGCCUUGGUUGAACAUAACCAAAUGCACAUUUUACUCAACAUGGAUUCCUUUCUGCUCAAAAAGGCCAGAUGGAAGGUCUCUUUCAGCAAUGACUUUUUGAAAUCCAUGUCAAAAGUUGAAAAUGCUGAGACUUGUAAAGAAGUGCUUACAUUAUUGGAAAAUCUUGCAAAUGGUUGGCGUCAACCUCUCGAAAUGAAAAAACUCUUUUACCAUCAUGGAACUUCUUCCCAAUUAUUAGAGCAGUACAAGAUCAAUGGGUUGCUAAAUCUUGUUUGGACGGUUGAUAUACUUGAGGAGAAUUCAUAUUACUUUCAGAUUUUGAAGGUCUGGGACAUUUCGCCAUUAUCUGAAAUGCCAAGACUAGCAAAUCGUCUUGAUAUCUUAUUUGAGAAUUACACAGUGGAUAAGAUGAAUCGCUGCAAACACAAAAUUCUUAACAGGUCUUUGGUGGUUCCAAUGAGAUGGCCAAUAGGCUCAAAUAGUUGUACUGAAGCUAAUCCUGUGCAAUCACUAUCAAAACCGUUGGCUUCACUUAGUCUGAGGGAUGAUUCAGAAUCAUCAUCUACAACUUUUAGGUCAUUGGGUUGGCAGUCAUGAUUCCUCAAACAAAGAUCAUAACCAUCACCAGCCAUGUUUCUUACAUAUUAUACAUGUCCUACCCAUCUUAACUACAUUCAAUGCACAUUUGUUCUUAUUUCUUAUUUUGUUUUCUUUUUCUAAAGUAUUGAAAAACUCUACUAUGGUUAGAGGAUUUAAACUAAGAAUAUAAUACUCUCUUGAGAAAGACUACUGCCCAUCUCUCUGUAUUUGCGUGCAAUUUCAUGCAAAAAAGCAUUUUGAUCUUA